GGACGCGACGAGUACGAACAGUAAAAUAUUCAUAUAUCGUCCGCACAUUUACCCAGUGAGAGCGAUGUGUUUUCACCCAACGAGAAACGACUUAAUGUCCUGUGGUGCUGAUGGAACAUUCAAACGUGCAGAUUUCAACACUUGUGUUUUUGAUGAGGUAAAAAGCCCUGGUCAAACGAAAAUACGAGUUCCAAAUUUCUCGCUCUCAUUUGACCUUUAAUUCACAUCGACUCUCAUGCAUGCAUUCUUUGAACUGGUUCAAAUUUUGAUGAUACUUGAGGAGAGUUUUUGCUCGUUUAAUAAGUAGUAUUCAGUUAACUCUCAUGCAACUCUUGCCGGUUACGCUCCCCUGGAAACUCUCGCUUGCCAACUCCCAUCAACUCUCAUCCUCGUUUGAUUGGGGCUUCAUUAAACAAGCAUCAGCGUUUUCGUUUUAAAGAUAAAUUAUAGCUGGUUAGUGUAAAACAUCAAUUAAGGAUUUUUUUAAUAAUUACUCCUAACUGCUUGUUUUUCCAACAAUGUUUCAAUGUGGCGGAUACAUUUGGGGUUUAAACUGAUUCAAAAAUAAGGUCAUGACCCCUAUUAUUUCUUUCAUAGAAUGAUUUGUUUUCGACAUGUCAAAACGUUUCAAAAGAGGAAAUGUAAUGAUAAUUUACUUCAGCCAUGACAACUCCGAUUGUUUUUUAAAAAGAGUGAAUAUUUGUCAAAAAAAUCGGAUGUUAUUUGUUCAUAUAUAACAAACGGUUUAUUUUUACAGAUUUAUGCAUCCAAUGAUCGUGGCAUUAAUAGUUUCUCAUAUCCAUAUAAUUCACGUGAGACAUUUCUGUUGGCAUUUACUGACGGCCAUAUGACAGUUUUGGAUACAAGGGAGUCGAAGUAAGUCGAAUUGGGCAAGACAAUUAUGUGAAUUCUUCGGUAUAAAGUAUCAAGAUUGCCGAGACAUUCGUCGGAUAAAUAGCGUUUUGUUAAACGGGUACGGAAAAAUAACUUUUCCAUCUCGGCUUAACAAAACAAAUAUAUUUCUGUUUGCGUAUGCGCUUUGCGAAUGUCGGAUGAGUAAGUAAGUAAAAACUUUAUUUGAUUACACUAACCUCAACAGCAAAAGCUGGUUUUGAGUUCAGAUAUGAAUCCAUCAGAUGACGAGUUUGGGUGUCGGAUGAAUAUCCACGGCCUACAUACAUCUGUCGCCAUGUUGAUUUUUACUGCCUCGUUUCGAGGCUCGUUCUUGUCUUGUUAAUAUUUGCACUGCAGUAAUUGUUAAAAAAUAAUUACACUGCUCUAAUACCCAAUCAGAAUUGAGUAACGUUUUCGUCUAUAAUAUUAACUAUAUAGGUGGUUGGCUCUCCAAAAUUGGUUCUCCUAAGAAGCCGUAUUUUUAGGUUUAUAUAUAUCUAAUAUAUACAUAUAUCUAAUCGGGACGUUCAUGUCUUCUUUCAAAUUAUGCUAGUUUUGGUAACACAUAUAGUUCGUUGCUAUGUCGACACGCGUAUGGACUUCACUCUGAAAUGCCAAAAAGUGUAGGAAAUGGCACUCUGAAAUGCAAAAAAGUGUAGGAAAUGGCAUUUGCAAGCCUCGAUCUUUUAAUUUUUUCGAGUGAACAUGAUCCCUUGUUUUCAGCCAUCCUAUAACUGUAAAUAUUUUCCUAUGCUACUGCUGUGAAUAGUGCUUUAUGGCCUUCGAACAACAACUCCAAAUGGAUCAUGUAUUGCGUGUCACCUUAAUUUCCACUUUGUUGAAAAGCUAAAAUACUGUCCAACCAUCUUACAUUGAAUAUUAAUUGUAUUUUUUCUUUUUAUGUCGAAUGUAGAAGCAAGAAUACUUCCCACUUGUGUCAUACGAAAGCGAUAAAAUGUAUUGACUGUCACCCUGCGAAUGAAUACCUCUUCUGUACAUCCUCGGCAGACGCGUCAGUAUAUUAAAUAAACUUGAUUAACUAUUUUAUAGUUAAGGUGUCACAAGCAUAGAUAUCUUAUAUACACUAGAUAGUAUCAUGAUAGUGUAUCUAAUUAUUCUACAAUUCAAAAAUUGAAGCCGUGAUUGCAGACUCAGGACAUUCCCGUGAAAUGAGAAGAUUCGUAUGUUUUCUAUUUCUUAAACACGGACCAUAAAUACCGUAAACCUAUUCCAAAUACAUUUUAAACUAUUCAAAUGAUGAAAGUUAUUGUUGUUUUUUAAGCGUUUAUUAGCGAGUGGGAAACACCAACAUGGCCGCCAUCUAUUCAAAUGGGGGUAACCGCUGGAAUAUUCUUGGCUUUAAUUUAAAAAAAAGAGAUGCACUAUCUAGUCUAUAUAAGAUAUCUAUGGUCACAAGCAAUACAUCUGUUCAAUCCAGCAUGAUGGCUAUAUCUUUACUUUUGUAAUUAUGAACUAUAGCUGUUUUAUAGUUUGAAGCGGCGGCCAUAAGUUUGGAAAUUAGUUACAGCUAGCUUGUCCUUAACUGAUUAAAAAAGUGGGUUUUUAUUCCAAAUUAUUAUAGACACCUUACGAUGUAGGACGGCAGCGUGACGACGACGGCCAUUCAUACAAUGAGAUUCAUAGUAUUUAUUAUUUAAGGGGAAAAAAAAAUAAUAAAUAUCCCACGGGAGUUUGAGACGCUAUAUCCAUGCACGGUCUGUAUGUUUACAACGGGGGGAACUAUACAGACUUUUCUGUCUUGGAUGAUAUGCGUGCAUUUCCAGACGCGAGAAGUGAUACUCUGCAAAUUAGCUCAGUGCCAGGGUAGAACUUUCUCAACAAUAUAAGACACUAUUUCAAGCUAACCAAACAUGCAGUAUUAAUUAAAUUGAUGCGAUCAAUAAUAAUAGUCUACAAACUUUGUCGUCGUCGCAUUGCCGUCCUAUUAUACAUCGUAAGGUGUCUACUAUUUACAAUUUAACGACUCUUCUAGAUUGUUUACACCCGGAAAGAUAUUUAAAAUUGUAUCAUUUUAACAGAACUGUUGCGAUCUGGGAUUUACGACGGAUCAAAGGUAUGAAGUCAAAAUUGGGCACGUUUCAAGGGCAUAACCGUUCGGUCACAUCAGCGUACUUCUCUCCUUUGGAUGGGAAAUAUGUUUUGUCAACAUCCUGGGAUGAUACAGUCAAGUAAGUUUAACUAAAACCGUUGAACCUACUUUAUUUACGCUGGAUAACAUGCAUGCAAUAUCAGUUUUGCCUAAGCUGUAUGUUCUGUGGACUCCAGAUUACCACUUAUGUUUCUCGAAGCGAAGCUGAUAUAAGUAUUUUAUGAAAUACCAAGUGUAAAGAAAACCGAAACGGGAAACUUAAGUCAUAUGUACCGCUCAGAGCUGUUGCCAGGACCAGGAGACGUGAUACGUUCUCAUCAUGCAAUGAGUCUGAAUGAGAUGCAAGAAAACAAUGAACUUUGACACUUAGUAUAUAACAAUAGACGAACAAGAGACUUUUCUUUCUCAGAGAAUGUCGUCGGGCAUAUCUCCCGGAUGAAGUUGGUAUUACCUGCUACAAAGCUAAGAUCAGACCCCUACUUGAGUAUUGGACGUACUCCAAUUUGCGGCGGUCUUCCUAGCUAUCUCGAGGCUGAAAUUGAAAGCAUUCCGAGAAGAAGCUUGUGAUGUUACUCUGAGUGUAUAUCCACACCGGGCAGGCUUGAAAAAUAUACCUGGCCACGGUGGGAAUCGAACCUACGACCUUUGGAAUACUAGUCUAAUGCCCUGCCAACUGCAUCACAAGCAUCUUAUUCAUCACAUUGCACCAACACAAGAGAAUUAUCGUGAUUACUAGAUUACAUAGAUAUCGAAGGAACUAGACUCAGUUCCGAAAUAUCACAUACUCGAACCCACCUGACCGCGUAGCUCAGUUGGCAGAGCAUUGGGCUAGUAGCAAAGGUCGUAGGUUCGAUUCCCACCGUGGCCAGGUAUAUUUUUCAAGCCUGCCCAGUGUGGAUAUACACUCAGAGUAACAUCACAAGCAUCUUAUUCACCUGAGUACAUUGCACCAACACAAGAGAAUUAUCAUUCCGAGAAGAAGUUUGAAAAUCCUAGGCUUACCCAGCGAUUAUCUACCAUCCUUGUCCCAAAGGAGAAAUAACAUUACCCUCCAAGAAUUCACACGUAUCAUGGAUGAGGACACACAACCUUGCUCAGACCUAAUCCCGAAACACAUAAGCCACAACCACCAUCUCAGGUCAAACAAGAGAAAAGUAUCAAUAUUUUCUGGAACUGAAAGACAUAUAGAUCUUCUUUCAUACCGAGGGCUGCCUCACUAUUUUAAAUAUUUGCAUACUUUGGUGAAUUUUUAUAGGCCAUUUUGAACACGUUGGACUUGCCAUAAACGUCAUUUUCAACUGAACGUUUUAAAUGUGUAUAUACAGGGUGUAUAAAAAAAAACUGAAGAGAUUUGAAAUUGCUCUCAAUUUCGAAAAACACCUAUUUGUAUCUGGGUUUUUAUAUAUAUAGCUUCUUUGGGUACUUAUAAUGUAAAAUAAUGAAAAAAAUUUCUCGAACUCAAAUUUUGUGAACCAGGGGGGUGUGUCUUUUCCAACAAAUUAAAAAUGGCUCGCGCACAAAAUUUAAAAGCUGUAAUCAUAUUUUGAGUUAAUAGAUUGAACAUUUGUCGGGUUUUUAAUUACUGUACAAAAUUUCAGACAAUUUGGUUUAGUUUAAGCCCUUUAACUAUUCAUUUUGUUCUAAAAAGUUAGCCUUUCGCAUGCUUAAUUAAUGCCUUUACCUAAUUUGCAUAUUGCUGACAUAUGCAAAUUAGGCAAAUGCAUUAAUUAAGCAUGCAAAUAGCUGAUUUUUCGGGAAAAUUGUAACUUUGCGUGAAUAGUUAAGGAGCUUAAACUAAACCAAAUUGUCUGAAAUUUUGUACAGUAAUUAAAAUCCCGACAAAUUUUCCAUCUGUUAACUCAAAUUAUGAUUGCAGCUUUUAAAUUUUGUGCGCGAGCCAUUUUUAGUUUGUUGGAAAAGACACACCCCCCUGGUUCACAAAAUUUGAGUUCGAGAAAUUUUUCUCAUUAUUCUACAUUAUAAGUACCCAAAGAGGCUAUAUAUAUAAAAAAACGGAUACAAAUAGCUGUUUUGCAAAAUUGAGAGCAAUUUUAAAUCUGUUCAGUUUUUUUUAUACACCCUGUAGAACAUUUUGAACACGUUCACGUUCUUGUAUCAUACAUACGUCGUUUUCUUGUGUCAUACAUACGUCGUUUUAUAUAUAUAUGUAUAUAUAUAUAUAUAUAUAUAUAUAUAUAUAUAUAUAUAUAUAUAUAUAUAUAUAUAUAUAUAUAUAUAUAUAUAUAUAUAUAUAUAUAUAUAUAUAUAUAUAUAUAUAUAUAUAUAUAUAUUCCGCAACAGUCUGUUUCAUUAGUAAAGAAUCAUCAGGCGGUAUCAUAUAUAUAUAUAUAUAUAUAUAUAUAUAUAUAUAUAUAUAUAUAUAUAUAUAUAUAUAUAUAUAUAUAUAUAUAUAUAUAUAUAUAUAUAUAUAUAUAUAUAAAUUAAGGUACAACAAAUCAACAAAAUCCACUAGGCAUCUUUAUUACUAAAUAGUUUCGUACCACAGUAUGUGGCACUCUUCAGAUAAAUUGACCUAAUGACAAUUAGGUCAAUUUAUCUGUAGACAAUUAGGUCAAUUAGGUCAAUUUAUCUGAAGAGUGCCACAUACUGUGGUACGAAACUAUUUAGUAAUAAAGAUGCCUAGUAAAUUUUGUUGAUUUGUUGUACCUUAAUUUAUAUAUAUAUAUAUAUAUAUAUAUAUAUAUAUAUAUAUAUAUAUAUAUAUAUAUAUAUAUAUAUAUAUAUAUAUAUAUAUAUAUAUAUAUGCUUAAAGAUAUUAUAAUUAAUUCUGAAUUCAGAAUUCUGAAAAAGACUCGAAGUAACCGAGUCGAAAGCUCAAUAAAAGUAUAUUUCAAUCCGGAAAACUUUAAUUAAUAUAUAUAUAUAUAUAUAUAUAUAUAUAUAUAUAUAUAUAUAUAUAUAUAUAUAUAUAUAUAUAUAUAUAUAUAUAUAUAUAUAUAUAUAUAUAUAUAUAUAUAUAUAUAUAUAUAUAUAUAAAGCUUCAAAUAGAAAAUAAAUUUUAUUAAACUUCAAAUGAAUAAAUACAUGUUGUAAAGAUAAAGAUACGUUUCGGGGCACAGCCCCUUCGUCAGAAAACGAAUAUAUAUAUAUAUAUAUAUAUAUAUAUAUAUAUAUAUAUAUAUAUAUAUAUAUAUAUGCGCUAUCAUGCAGUUCAUGUGUAAUAUGUCAUAUAUACACAUACACAAGGAGGAAUUGAGUUUAUUCGUGUCAAAAGUGACACAGUUUAUUUCAAUUUCAACAUAGAGUACUGGAACAAACAUCUUCGUCAAAGCUGGAGGUGAAGCGAAAUUUCAGGUAAUUAUAUUUUUUAUCAUUAUAUACAUUGAAUUACAUUGCAUUACAUAUUACUUUACAUUGCAGCAUUGCAACGAUCAGCUGUGCAUUAGCUAUACAGGGUGUAUAAAAAAAACUGAACAGAUUUGAAAUUGCUCUCAUUUUCGAAAAAUAGCUAUUAGUAUCCACUUUUAUAUAUAUAUAUAUAUAUAUAUAUAUAUAUAUAUAUAUAUAUAUAUAUAUAUAUAUAUAUAUAUAUAUAUAUAUAUAUAUAUAUAUAUAUAUAUAUAUAUAUAUAUAUAUAUAUAUAUAUAUAUAUAUAUAUAUAUAUAUACGGUAUAUAUUUAUAUAUAUAUAUAUAUAUAUACCGGGUGUCCCAAAAAAAAGUACUCCGGUUUGAUUCGUAAUAACUUCUAAACAAGUAAAGCUUUUAAAGAGAAAUAACUUGCAUCAAAUAGAGGAAGGACUAACUUAGAUUUUGAUAUAUUACAGUUGUAUUUCACUUAAAAAUUCACGGAGAUAUUAAUCUUUAAAAUCGGGAGCAUAUUUCUGGAUGUGUCUGAAAUAUGCAAAAAACGGCGUAUCAAAUAUUAAUCAAGAUUUGCCCGACUGAAACAUGCACUAUUGCCAGUAAAUAAAUGACACUUGACAAAUGGUUAAUUAUGAAAGAAAGUAUUAUUAUAUCUACAAAAUACAAGCAAGAUUUAUUCGUCCGAAAUUCGCGUGUGUUCCUAGCACGAAUACGUUUCCUUAUUUCAUGAGACCACUGCAUCGCGAAGGAUCGUCAUGGAUCGUUCGUUGUUCUGAAUUAGGGCAUGCUGUCACAAUGGAAUUGUGGAGCUCUUCUAGCUUCUGCAACGUUCUGAAAUCUUGUUAAGAACACCCAAACUCUUUUGCAUUUUCUCAAUCUUGGCAAGUUCAGAGUAAACUGAGAAUUAUAUGAAACACAAUCAAACCAUAUAACUCCAUAAGACAUAACAAUUAAGCAACUCCCCAGAGACAUGCAACAUUUUUGGAACAAAACGUAACAAAAUAGUAGCGUUGAUACGGUGAUGUGUUUUGCAAAAAGCAAUAUUAUUUUCUUCAAUAAAGAAUAAUAUUCAUCCUGCUCUAACCGAGAAAUAAUCAACUCAGUCUGUUUGAACCCAUUAAAAACAUAAAAAAAUUAGGCUAUUUAAGAAAAAUUUAAGCGCCUGCCUUCCAUGGUCAGUCUUUCAUGUACUUUUAAGUUUGUAAAGACCUAAUAUUAAAUACUUGCAUAAUUUCGAACGCUCAUAUUUCAGGAAACAAUGAGCUAAGACUUACAUGUAAGAUGUUUAAAUAUACGCCAUAUACCUAGACAAACCCUAACGAUAAUUCGCUGAAAUACAAGUUAGCCUGAUAUGUCAUUAAGCAAACAAACGCUGGAGUUAAUAUUUGAUAUGCCGAUUUUCGCUAAUUUUAGACACAUCCCAAAAUAUGCUCCAGACUUUGAACAUUAAUAUCUCCGUGAAUUUUUAAGUAAAAUACAACUGUAAUAUAUCAAAAUCUAAGUUCGUCCUUCCUCUAUUUAAUGCAAGUUAUUUCUCUUUAAAAGCUUUACUUGUUUAGAAGUUAUUACGAAUCAAACAGGAGUACUUUUUUUUGGGACACCCGGUAUAUAUAUAUAUAUAUAUAUAGUUUCUUUGGGUACUUAUAAUGUAGAAUAAUGAAAAACAUUUCUCGAACUCAAAUUUUGUAAACCAGGGGGGUAUGUUUUUUCCAACAAACUAAAAAUGGCUUGCGCACGAGAUUCAAAAGCUUUAAUCGUAUUUUGAGUUAAUGGGUGGAAAAAAAACUAUAUAUAUCAAAAACUGGAUACUAAUAGCCGUUUUGCGAAAUUGAGAGCAAUUUCAAAUCUGUUCAGUUUUUUUAUACACCUUGUAUAUGAGAAAACUGUCAAAACGCGAAUAUAUAUGUCGACUAGAAAUACAUUAAUGCAAACCUUUCACCCAAAAUAUUAUCCUUUCGUUACUAUCAAGCGUGCACGUAGCAAACGUCAUAAACACUUAUGGUAUUAUAAUAAAUUACCAUACCCUAUAUUGUGUUGCAAAUGCCUGACCAAAAUAACCGCCUUUCAAUUUUAUAUGUUUAGGCAUUUCAAUCAAACAAACCGUUGGUUGUCUGCAUUUAAGGCUACAUGGGACCCACGAAAUGGUCGUGGGUUUGUAAUCGGCAGUAUGUUGGCGAACCGCAGAGUAUGUAAUUUCAGCAAAUCACUUAUUUAGGCCAUUUAAGAAAUCUCGCUCCUUUUAAAACAGAUUAUUACUUACUGCGUUACUGCUAAAUCAAUAUACCCCUAGCAGCUCUGCCUAAAAUCCCCUCCUAACAACGCCUUCCACCCCUAGAAGAAAGUCCUCCUUAUCCACAAUAACAUGAUAAGUAUAUAUUCGGCACGGCAAUUAAUUUUUUUACGGAAAGGAUGUCAACUUUCCCUGACAUUUUUUUCUUCUUUCCCGAUGUUUCCAAUGCAUGUACCGCUUCUCGCUAAUUGGUUUUCCUUCUCUACUUAUUUUCCUAAAUUUUGGGUAGAAGUUGCACUUUUCAGGCGUUUUACUCAACUCAAUUUUAGUUUCGUUUCUUUUUAUAUCCCGGAUUCACAUUUUGCCUCUAUAGAGGCUAUGUGUGUGUGGGGGGGGGGGGGACACCCCUAUUCGCCAAAUAUAGUCGGUAAAUUGUUUUCCCAGUUGGCAAAAUCGAUGCCCGCGUGGUGGUCAAGUGGCAAUCCUUUGAAUGCUUAUGGGUAACCCGUUUGAAAUUUGAAUGCUUAUGGGUAAAAAUUACAACUGCAUGAAAACUCCAGUUUUAAUGUUGCAGCUGUAUACCAUCCUCCCGACCACAAUUAUAAUGCAGACGAUUUAAUAGAAUUCCUAAUGGACUCAUGCGAGCAGUUAUCGGAAAACCUUAAUACGAAGAUAAUUAUUACUGGAGAUAUAAACAGAGUGAAUAUUCGCGACCUACUUAAUCAAUUAUCUUUUGCACAGUUGGUUAGAUCAUCUACAAGAGGUAACAAUAUCUUAGAUGUUUUGUCACAAAUGUUCCUCACUACUGGAAAGAAAUAAAAGUUAAGAAAAGUUUGGUAAGAACUGAUCAAAAUAUGAUUAUUGCAUACUCGAGAAACAUUAUAAAAGCAAAAAGAACAAAUUCAUUCUUUAGGGAUGUGAGAGAACAUAGAAAAUUAAACAUGCUAAGAGAACUAGAGAAUGUGGAUUGGUCCAAGAUAACAAUAUAUGACCAAGCCCCUGAUGGAAUGGUUAAACAACUUUAUGAAUGUAUCUGGCCGAGAUUUGAGAACAAUUUUCCACUGAUUAAAGUCCGAACCUCGUCACGCGAUCCACCAUUUAUGUCCCCUCUCGUAAAGUAUUUGUUGAAAAAAAAGGAAGAAAGCUAUAGGCGUAGGUGACGAAGAAUCUACUUUUCGUCCACAAAAUCAAAUUAACACACUAAUUUGCGCCAAUCAACGUAAUGCUGUUCAAAAUGAGAACCAAAAUCAUAAAACUGGAACAAAGAAAUGGUGGAAUAAUGUUAAUAACAUUACUGGCAGGAAAGAGAAAAAUUCUGCACCUGUUAGCUCUCUGAUUGAUCCGAAUGUUAUAAAUGCCUACUUUCAAACUAUUAACACUGACCCUAAUUAUUCAGCCCCUCAGUUACUAGAAAUGCCAGAGGGAACUAGAAUUUCGUUUCUUUCUAUCGAUAUUGUCUAUAACUUCCUAAGAAAACAGAAGCGUUCAUCAUCUGGCCCGGACGAUCUACCACAUUGGUUCUGGAAGACAUUCGCAGCUGAAUUAGCUCCAGCUAUAACAAAAAUAUUUAACGUAUCUCUGAAAGUUGGAAAAGUCCCUGAAAUAUGGAAGAGAGCGAAUAUAGUUCCAAUACCAAAAGAAAAUGUUAUCAACUCAAGUUCUGAACUGAGACCUAUUUCACUAACAGACAUCAUAAUGAGGUUAUUUGAGAGAUGUAUAUACAAAAAUGACAUUGCAGAUGUUAUAUAGCACUCAAUCGAUUCUGACCAAUACGCAUAUAAAGUGGGACAUAACUCAACGAUGACUUUAGUUAAAUGUCAACAUACGUGAUUGAAAGGGUUGGAUAAUGGUGUGAAAUAUGUGAGAGUACUAUCAUUUGACUUUAGCAAGGCUUUUGACAGUGUUCCACACGACAUACUAUUUGGAAAAGUUAAGAAAUUGCCUUUUAACACGUACAUCAUAAAUUGGAUGAUAGAUUUCUUAAAAGAUAGCAAACAGAGAGUAACAGUUGAUGGCAUCACAACCGAGUUCUUGAAAAUUAAUCGUGGCGUGCCUCAGGGGACUGUUCUAGGCCCGAUACUAUUUUCAAUAAUGGUAAAUGACAUUAAACCAGUCAAUCCAAUCAAUGAACUCUGUAAAUUCGCUGAUGAUAUAACAAUAGAAGCCCUGGGCUAUGAUGAGGAUGAUACAGGUGCAGAAGAGGUAGAAAAUAUGAAAUUAUGGUCGGAUGAAAAUCGAAUGGUGCUGAAUAUGAAUAAAACAUACGAAAUGAUUGUUCGUGGGAGAACAUCUAUACCUCUACCCAGUUGCAUUCCGUCCAUCAAACGGAAAACAUGUCUCAAGAUACUUGGAAUUACCCUUGAGGAAAUACCGGAAAAUUGGGACAUACACUUCGAAGAGAUGCUUAAAAAAAGCGAGUGGAAGAAUGUACAUUUUACGGGUGUGUAAAUAUUAUAGUUUUACAACAAAGCAGUUAGAACUUCUCUUUCAGAGUUUAAUAAUGUCAUUAUUCACUUUCGGAACUGAACUUUGGGGAGGAGCAUCUUACACUAAAUACAUUAGUCAGAUUGAUAAGUUUAUAAAUCGUGCAUACCGUAAUGGGUAUGUAACAGAGAAAUCUAAUUUUAGAGAAAUAAUUAAUAAGAGAGACAAGAGAUUAUGGAUAUUAGAUGAUGAAAAUAAUGCACUAAGAGAACUUUUACCCAACAAAUUAAAUCGAACUUUAAGGCAAAGGGGACAUGACUUUGAUCUGCCCUUAGUAAGAACUGAAAGAUUUAAAAAAUCUUUUGUAAAUAGAUGUCUUUUCAUUUUUAUCUAGUGUAUGAUACAUUUUAAUAACUUUUAACAAUAUUGUAGAAUUUUACUAGUUUUGUUAAAUUAUUGAUGUAAAUAAUUAAUGUAAAAUAGACUAUAUUCUUAUAAUUCCAUGUAAACUCGGACGUGUGUUUCGAGUAUUGAUUAAUAAAGACUAUUAUUAUUAUUAUAUAAUAUUAUAUAUAUAUAUAUAUAUAUAUAUAUAUAUAUAUAUAUAUAUAUAUAUAUAUAUAUAUAUAUAUAUAUAUAUAUAUAUAUAUAUAUAUAUAUAUAUAUAUAUAUAUAUAUAUAUAUAUAUAUAUAUAGGCAUAUAUAUGCAUAUAUACAUAUAUAUAUAUAUAUAUAUAUAUAUAUAUAUAUAUAUAUAUAUAUAUAUAUAUAUAUAUAUAUAUAUAUAUAUAUAUAUAUGUAUAUAUAUAUAUAUAUAUAUAUGCCCCUCGCCCAAUUGUUCUUCCGGCGCCCCUGCAUAGAUUGUAUAGUAAACCUUCAACUCAGUUCAUCGUAAUUAAUUUACCUUUUACUUGUUUUAGCUGUAAGUCUGGAUAAUUAGCACGUAUACUUUUGCCCUUUACGUUACCUAUAUGGCAUCUGAUAAAUAUUUCUUAGAUUCAAUUCUAUCAUGUCGAGCAAAGGACAAAAGCCCCUCUCUUGGAGAUGUUCAAUGAAAAUUUUACAACAAUUGCGUCAACGAAUGUCUUCCAUCCGUCGAAAAACAUCAUUGCAUCAGGAAAUUCAAGUGGAAAGGUUUUCGUAUGGUCAGAAUAACUUCAAGGUACUUAGUUUCUCAACAUGUGUAAAUGUACAAUGUAAUAUUUAAUGUACACUACAAGAGUACAGCGUAAAAUAACAACUUUGACUAAGUUUUUCUGGUUUACGUUAUUUAGAUUCAGCUUUGUAUUUAUUUUUAUUUAUAUCUGGGGCCGGAUAUACGAAAGGCGUUUAACUCUCUAUCCACCGUUUAACUCGCAUGAGAUAGUAAUAGAAAUGCACAACCCUGUCGAGCAGUUAUCUUUUUAAAUCCAAUGAACAUGAAAAACUCACUUUUAACUGACUUGGUCUUGUACCACUUUUAGUUAUGAAAAUAAACAAUAUGACUUUGGAAAGCCGACAAGUAUACAAAAUAGACAACCGUUUAAGUUAAACGCCUUUUGUACAACCGGCACGUAGUCUAUGGAACGUGGAACGAUAACUUUGGCUUUGUUUAUGAGGCCAAGAUGGUGGAAAUUGAAGCCUGUCUUGUAGGCAUGCCCUAGGCUCCUAUGCGGAAUAUUACGCAAUUCAGUACGAAAAAUCGGCAUGUAAAUAUUUUUUUGACCGUAUGAAACUAGAGAAAGUUGUUUUCAAAUUAUGUAGAAACCUUUUUCAAUUUGUCAUAACAUUAAAGUUAUCUGACGAGGUAAAAAACCGCGCAGACAUCAGCAAACUUCUGUUUGUUCUGGACCGUCUGUGAGAGAAUACUGAACACAGGAUAGCAUCGACUGCAAUAUACCUUAUGCAUAAUGACGUCACAAGGCUUGAUGCCCGCGGGGAAUGCUGGUCUUGGUAGUCAUCGCCCGGGAAAAGUAAAUUAUAAACAAAAUUAAACAAACAACUAUCGAAAUUUUCCCAGGCGAUGACUAUUAAGACCGGC